AUGGAUUCUUUGAGCACUUCAUAUUCGUUCUUAAACUUCCAAGGACAAUAUCCAGUUUCCUUGGAGAAUCAACAAGACCCAUAUGAGGGUGAAGCAGCAGGGUGCGUAGAAAGAGCCUAUCAAGGAGUAAACCAACUCCAACAGGACCCAUACCAGGAAAUUUAUAAUCCUUCAGAGAUCUAUCAAGGACAUCAAAAAACUGAUUAUAUGAACUCUUCACAUUUAUUAGUUGCUCCCAGAGGUCAAACAAGCGAUUUCACCUCAAUUAUUGGAAGAGCAAACCCGGUUAAUUUCUCAACUUCUUCAGUAUGGCAUUUAGGAUUGGUAUUAGAAUUAGAAUACGGCAGAUUAGGUCAUGAGUGUAAUGUGUUGGUUUCCUCAAAAAAUCAAGAACAAAGUCAGGAAAUUGCCAACCUCAUUUUUCAGCUUAGCAAUGUCGAGGCUCAGCUUAGGGAUGUCAAGGCUCAGCUUAGGGAUGUCAAUGCUCAGCUUAGGGAUUCCAAUGCCCUUAUUGCUUUCUUCCAAAAAUUAUUUGGCAGCAAGUUCUCUCUUUACUAUAACAGGUUUCUAAAAUACUCCCAAAAUUCUUUGCCGUUUCCGGGAAGGAAAAGAAAAGAAAUUGCAUGUGGUGUUUGCAAAAGCCGGAAAAAAAGAUGCGAUGGAGGUGACAUCGGUAAGAAACCGUGCGAUCAUUGUAGUAAGAAUGGAGAAGAAUGUUCUUAUUUAAAUCGCCUUCGAUAA